UAUCAAAUAAAAUGUUUACUUUGACUAAUAAUACAAUAUAUGAGGAGCCAUUUGAUAGAAAAUACAGAAAUGAGGGACGAAAUUGAAAAUAAUCGUUCCCUUUCCCAAAAAGGUGGGGGGUGCGAAAAGCAUUUACCUAACAAUACCUAAUUUGCAAAUCACACCCUCCGUCUUCUCCCCCCAAUCCUCAACUCCCAUCUACAUUCCGAAUUACAUACAGCAGGUAAAACUCUGUUCUCAAUUUCUCCACUCGGUUCAACAAUGGCGUCGUGCGCUUUCCCCCUUCUCGCGCAAUCUAUUUUUCCUCCUUCCGAUUUCACGUAUUUUCACUGUGUUUCUCCACUGAAAACGGUGCACAGAAGUAGAAGAAAAUCAAGGAGAAAUGGGGCUAUAAUUUUGACCAUGGCCGCCGCCGCCAAUGCCGCAUCAAACGACGCCGGAGGUGUUAAUCCGACAAAGCUCGUUACUUUCUUAGGUAAAGGCGGCUCCGGCAAAACAACCGCCUCCAUUUUUGCAGCUCAGCAUUAUGCUAUGUUGGGGCUCAAAACAUGUCUGGUGAUACAUUCACAAGAUCCGACAGCUGAAUAUCUUCUCAAUUGUAAGAUUGGAUCAUCUCCUACCAAAUGCAAUGACAAUUUGUCAGCUGUUAGACUUGAAACCACAAAGAUGAUUCUUGAACCACUUAAACGGCUCAAGCAGGCCGAUGCACGUGUGAAUAUGACACAAGGUGUUCUUGAAGGGGUGGUGGGUGAAGAGCUUGGUGUACUCCCUGGCAUGGACUCUAUAUUCUCUGUUUUGGAAAUCGAAAAUCUUGUAGGAUUCAUCCGUAAUAAUGUCUCUCAAAAAAACAACGAAAAACCCAAAUUCGACAUAGUUGUUUAUGACGGUAUAAGCACAGAAGAAACCAUACGCAUGAUUGGUGCAACCAGUAAAUCGAGAUUGUACUUGAAAUAUAUGAGGAAUCUAGCUGAAAAAACCGAUCUAGGGAGGGUGGCGAGCCCAUCUAUAUUGAGACUUGUUGAUGAUGCGUUGAGUCUAAGUGGCAGGGGUAACAAUCUAAAUGGGAGAACGAGUUCGGAAAUAUGGGAUUAUCUUGAAACAACGUUGACGAAAUUAUCUUCUGUAUUCGCAGAACCAGCGAAAUUUGGGUGCUAUCUGAUGAUGGAUCCGAAUAAUCCUAUGUCGGUUAAUUCAGCAUUGAGGUAUUGGGGUUGUGCAAUUCAAGCUGGAGCUCAAGUAUCUGGUGCAUUCGGGAUAACUGCACCAGAUUCUCUUAUUGCAUUAGGUGAAACUGUGGAGAAUAACUUUUCGCCGUUGCCUUGUGCUUUUGUUCCGUAUCUCAAAUUAAAUAAUCGUUUAAAUUGGAACGAGAUUAUGGUGGGAAAUCAGAGCGAAGGAGCGCGAAAUAUACUCUCGGAUACUAACAACAAGAGUCUCCGAAAUUCGGUUAAAUUUGAUCCAUCCGAUAAAUCUGUGAAGCUGUUUAUGCCUGGUUUUGACAAGUCCGAAAUCAAGCUGUACCAAUUCAGAGGUGGAUCGGAGUUGCUAGUGGAAGCAGGGGAUCAAAGGCGCGUGAUUCGACUUCCUUCCGAAAUUCAGGGCAAAGUAGGAGGUGCCAAAUUUGUUGAUAGAAGUCUUGUCAUCACAAUGCGAUAGUGCUGAUUCUUGCUUAUAUAUAU